UCCUGGGGCCUGGAGCCCUGGUUGCCAUCAGCCAUGGCUCCCAAAAAGAGUGUGAGCAAGGCAGGCAAGGAGCUUGAAGUCAAGAAGAAGAAAGGGGGCAAGAAGGAGCCGGUGGUGGCCGUGGAGCCGCCUCUGGCCGAGGAGAUGAAGGAGUUCUACCACAUCCAGAUCCGAGACCUGGAGGACCGGCUGGCCCGGUACCAGCGGAAGUGGGAUGAGCUGGCUGUGCAGGAGAAGCUGUUCCGCCAGGAGUUCGAGCAGCUGGCCAAUAACAAGAAGGAGAUUGUGGCCUUCCUCAAGCGCACGCUCAACCAGCAGGUUGAUGAGAUCACAGACCUCAACGAGCAGCUCCAGAACUUGCAGCUAGCCAAAGAGAUGGAGAAGGAUGCCUUCGAGGCGCAGCUAGCCCAGGUGCGCCACGAGUUCCAGGAGACCAAAGACCAGCUCACCACGGAGAACAUCAUCCUUGGGGGGAAGCUGGCAGCCCUGGAGGAGUUCCGGCUGCAGAAAGAGGAGGUCACGGACAAGUUCACGUUGCUGGAGGAGCAGGUGCGGAAGCAGGAGAAUGAGUUCAGGGACUAUGCAUACAACCUGGAGAAGAAGUCGGUGCUGGACAAGGACAGACUGAGGAAAGAGAUCAUCCAGCGCGUGAACCUCGUGGCCAAUGAGUUCCACAAGGUGACCACGAACCGGAUGUGGGAGACAACCAAGCGGGCCAUCAAAGAGAACAACGGCAUUAGCCUGCAGAUGGCCAGGGUCUCCCAGCAAGGCAUGAAGCUGCUGCGGGAGAAUGAGCAACUCAAGGGAAGCCAGAACAAUCUGUGCAAACAGCUGGAGCUGCUGGAGAACACCCAGAAGGUCAUGGCCAGGCACAAAAGAGGCCACCAGAAGAUCAUCCUCAUGCUGACCAAGAAGUGCCAGGAGCAGCAGCAGGACACCAAGGAGGCCCAGGAGCUGCGCCUACUGCUGAGCCAGUUGGAGCAGAGAUCCCUGCAGCUGCAGGUGGACAACCAGGCACUGAAGAGCCAGAGAGACCAGCUGAGCCUGCAGCUGGAGCAGAAGCAGGUGGAUUUGCAGCAGCUACAGCAAAAACUGGCUAAUGAGCAGAAGGUUCGGGCCAGCCUGGAGGCGGCUCUGGUCCAGGCCACCUCCUUCCUACAGAACAUUCUGCAGAUGCACCCCGAUGAAGAGGACAGCGACUUUGACGUGACGUUCCAGCCAUGGCACAAGGAGAUGCUGCAGCAACUGCUGGUCAUGCUCGGCUCCACUGUGGUCCCGAGACCUCAGAAGGCUGUGUGUCCCCACCGGGAGUCACAGUCCCAUGGCCCACCCAAGGAGAGCGUCCCGUGGGCCCCAACGCAGAGGAGCGGAAACGCAGAGCAACGCUGCAGUGGGGAAGGGGCGCGAAGAAGGGGCCCAGAAACCCGACCCCUGAGAACUCCAGAAGGCUGGGCAGGCAGGGCGCCCUAGUGCAGGAACGGAGCUUCUGGAAGUUUGGAGCCCGUCGAGCACUGGACUCACCAGUUAAGAAAACAGAGCAGCAAUUUGGGGGCACUCGGCUCCCGGGACAUAAUGGCCGAACUGAAGCUAGGGACCGGGAGCCCCUACGUCGCCGCCCCACGCCACUCACCAUCCACCGCUUCCCCGGGGGCCGAGGCUCCAAAACACAUCUGCUCAUGGCUCUACUCAGCCGCUGUCCCGCGCCCAAAAAGCCGCGCGGCCUCAUGCUGCCCUCAUUCACUCCCCCGACACUGCCCCCUGACGUCAUCACCCCGCAGCAGCCAAUCGCGUUGCCAUCUGUUUGGCGUCGACCGCCAACGUCCAAUCCGGGCCGGGCUACAUGGCCGCCAUGCUUCUGAGGGGCGGAAGCGGCGAGGAGGUGGCCGAGUCCGGGAACCCAGGCGCCUUCAGUGGUGCGGCGUCACAGUGUCCCUGCGGGAUUUGUGUGGGACGCUCGGAGCUCUUGCUUGACCUUCGGUUGGGAGGCCUUGUUAUGCCCCCCGCUAUAGCCCUGCUUUGCGGCGAAAAUCUGGCAAGUCCUUUCCCCGCUGUAGGCCUCAACCUCUCCAGCUAAUAAAAGUUUUCUACCUCC